AGUUUAACUGCAGACAGUGAAGUGAAGGCGGUGCUGGUGGCAUUUGAACAAACUAAGCUCAACUUCAUUAUUAUCUCAGAAGGACCGAGGUGAAAAUGAAUUAUUUUUGGAUGACAGUGAUUUUGCUCGUGACUGGUGCAUCCGCUGUGAAGAUAGAUGUGUCAGUGAUGGAGGGAGAUUCAGUCACUCUACACACUGAUGUUACAAAAACCCAAGACAACAAAGUGCAAUGGUAUUAUAAUGGUGUUCGCAUCGCUCGAAUCACUGGAGAUCCCAGUAAGACCUGCACAGAUGUUCAGUGUAAUGAAGAUACUGAGAGAUUCAGAGACAGACUGCAUCUGGAUCAUCAGACUGGAUCUCUGACCAUCAUGAACAUCACAAACACUGACUCUGGAGAAUAUAAACUACAGAUCAUCAUCACCGGCAGCAGCAGCAGUGACAAGAUCUUCAAUGUCACCAUCCAUGUUUUGUUUUGUUUUUCUCCAGAUGUUAUUACAGACAGAGUGACAGUGACAGAGGGAGAUUCAGUUACUAUAUACACUAAUGUUACAACAACACAACAAGAAGAGAUUUUAUGGUAUUUUAAUGACAUCCGCAUCGCUGUGAUCACUGGAGAUCUCAGCAGGAUCUGUACAGAUGUUCAGUGUAAUGAAGACACUGAGAGAUUCAGAGACAGACUGAAUCUAGAGAACCAAACCGGAUCUCUGACCAUCACAGACAUCAACACUGCAGACACUGGACUUUAUCAACUCAAGAUCUUCAGCAGCAGUAGUAUCAGUGAGAAGACUUUCAGUGUUACUGUUCUUGAUGUUCCCGAUAAAGUGAAGACAAUAUCAGCGAAGAAGGGAGAAUCUGUCACUUUUGAUCCUGGUGUCACACAAAACACAAAUGUUGUGAUGAUGUGGUAUUUUAAUGACUCUCUCAUCACUGAAAUCACUGGAGAUCAGAGUAAGAUCUGUUCAGAUGUUCAGUGUAAAGAGAGAUUCAGAGACAGACUGAAGCUGGAUCAUCAGACUGGAUCUCUGAUCAUCACAAACACCAGAACCACAGACUCUGGAGAAUAUAAACUACAGAUCAUCAGCCACAUCCUUCAGAGCAGCGUCAGUGUCACCAGUUUGAAAACAUUCAUUUUUACUGUAAUUGAUUCAGGUCAGUCUUCAGCUGCUGUAGCAGGAAUAUGUGUUGGUGUUGUUCUGUUGUUCGUGACUGCAGCUGUUGGUGUGAUUUACUAUCGCAAGCGUCUUCAAGCAGGACAGAAUAAUAUCACGGCACAACCCAGUUAUCAGGGAUCUGCGCGUGGCAACUGAUGUCGCACUGAUGGCUACUAAGCGCUCUGUUCAAGCUAUCGGCCGUUCCAUGGGGUUGGUUGUCCUUAUAGGCACCUGUGGCUUACCCUAGCUGAUCUGAAGAA